AUGCCGCCCAGAUUAGAGGUGCUGCAGCGCCUAGGCACCUUCAACCUGUGUCUUCGACCGACUACUCGAGCAGCAACCCCCAACUUCCUGCCCGUCAUUCAAACAGCCAAUCUGUCACAAAGAGAGAAGAAACGCAAGGCAAAGCAGGAUCCAUACAAGUGGGCACAGGCGCAGCAACGGAAAAACGCAAACCUCAAGCGUCGGGAGGAACUCCAGAAGCAACGGGACGAAGCAUGGGGUAAUCCCGUGUUGGGGAAGACAACUCCAUUUCUUGAGUCCCUUGAUACCGCUGGCCAAGUCGCCUUCAGUGAAGUGCCCCGGGAUGCCAGCGGUAAUCCUCUCCAGACGCCCCAUGAGCUGCCGACGACACCGGGUCUGAGAAACCACUUCCUUACCGAUGCCGAAUUGGAAGAAGCGACGAAACACGCCUUCACACUCAGCAAACCUAUGGCGGCAAUUGUUGGUGAUCAACUAAGCGACGCGGCCUCAAAUGAGGCCAAUAUCGAGAAACACAAGCAGGACCAUACCAAGGCAGUGGAGGCUUUGAGGCGGAUCACGUCCUUGCGGAAUGGUAGCGCCAAAGACCGCUUCCACGCAAAUGUUCGCCGCCUGGUCGACGAGUUUGGUCGCCAUAAGACAGAUAAGUUCUUGAAGCCUAAGCCGCAAUCUAUUUCGCCAAAUACCACACCCAUGCCGGAUCGUGCAGGUCCCGACACUGGCAGCUCCGAGGUGCAGAUUGCCAUUCUCACAGCAAAGAUUCGAACUCUGUCCAAGGCUCUUGAGAUAAACCGGGGGUAUAAGGAUGUUCAUAAUAAGCGUAAUUUGAGGCUGUUGGUGCACCGCAGACAGAAACUGAUGGCAUAUAUGGAGAGAAAGGAACGGGGCAGCGAGAGAUGGACACUCAUGAUUGAGAAGUUGGGCCUCACGCCCGCUACCUGGAAGGGCCAGAUUAGCUUGUAA